AUGGCGAUAGUCACUGACGAUGCCGACUACGAUGCCGGCGAAACGUUUGAUAAUGUACCACGUCUACGGUUCAACUUUGGAAAUGAUCAUGCAGACAAUGGACUCCGGACUAGGUACCUUCUUGAUGACGGGUCAGAACUGCGUGUCGGCGCCCCCCUGCUGGACUCAAGCAAAGGGACCUAUUCGCCGUAUGGUGAAGUGAUAGUGGUAGUCACGCCCAACUUUAAUCUGGUCCCGCCUAAGCCUCAGCCCAUCUGUCUGCCAAGCUACUGUAUGUAUGGUGGUCGUUGUUAUGCCGAGGACUACCAGCUCAAGUGCGACUGCAGAAGCACCGGCUACUGGGGCGCUCGGUGCGAACGACGUGAGUCCGGCCAAUCAGGCUUGUCAAAACUGGAGUAG